UUUGUUGAAUUACACGUUAAAACAUUUCUUUCCUAUUUUAUUUGGGGGCAUAUAUGUGUGUCGUUAUUAACUUUGUUAUUUCCACGUAUAUUAAUUCCGUCCCUCGUAGUUUCGGUCGGAACUAUUAAUUUCGACUAGCGGAAAGCCGGAAUUAUUUGUGAGUCACUCAGGAAGUUUAAUUGACUGCAAUAGAGACAUCCUGAGAAUUAUUGAUAGAGGGAUAUUCUGUCGCUUUUUUCCUGAUUUAUUUGUUUUAUUUUCUGGGGGUUUAUUCGCCGCGUGGGUUUAAGUAACACAAGCCAAAAUGCUGAUUAAAGUGAAGACUCUGACUGGUAAAGAAAUAGAAAUCGACAUCGAGCCCACAGACAAGGUGGAGAGAAUAAAAGAAAGAGUGGAAGAAAAAGAGGGAAUUCCACCGCAGCAACAGCGACUCAUCUACAGUGGAAAACAGAUGAAUGAUGAGAAAACGGCAGCAGACUAUAAAAUCCAGGGUGGCUCUGUAUUGCAUCUGGUCCUUGCUCUAAGAGGAGGGCGAGCGCAUCAACACACCAACAACCUCCCGCAGGCCUUAUAAAACCCAGACCUGUCUACAGCACCACAGGCGACCUGACAGCCUCGACACACGCCACGAUUUCCUCAACCAUCAUCUGACCCACACCCCACGGUGGCGACUCUGCUGGUUAAUGUAUAACAAAUUCUCUAUGUUCUGUAGCAAACUACAGCAUCUUCCUCUCCACACCCCCUCUUCCCCUAAUUUAUCCUUCUUAGAGAACCAUCCUGCUUGGUUUAAGUUUACAGUCAAUGAUGAUGUUGAAAAUAAUUGUUAGAGUAUCCCUGAUGCAAUAGGAUUGUUGGUCAAUAAAACACAGUAUUGACAUUUUUCUCCCCUUGA